UUUCUGAGCUUGCUUGUUGCGUACUCUUGCAACUCUCACAAGUUCUCUCGAGUGCUCUCUCCUUCGUCUUUCGAUGUCCGUCCUCAAUCGUGUUUUUCUUUACUGUAUUUUGUUGUUGUUUAGUAGUUUCAUUUCGGUGUUUGUAUUUUCUGCUAUUAGUAUCCUUUGUACCUUCUGUCACAAACUCAAAAACUGGUAAUGCAAUCUUAUAACAUGUUUACCAAAAAAAAGAAUGAAAAAAAGUUACAAGAGUUUGAAACCCUGACUGUGAGUGAGACACCACAUGCAAAACCAAUAUGGCUGCAACCACUUGCUCUAUCAUUUUAUCUUUCCUCGAUUUCUCCAAAUUAUUCCUUUGCCAUGCCGUCACGUGUUGCCCAAUUACCCGGCAUCAAGGUCCCACUUAUACUGCCGGCCAGUCACUCUGUUCCUGCUGUUGUUAAGGAAUAUAUGUCCGGAAGUUUCAAGGUUCUACGUUUAUAAUUCAGACGUUAGGGUUUAUUAUUUGAUUCACAUGUCAUUUGAGCGAGUAUACAACCGAUGUUCUAAUUACAGCGAAAUAAAAUAUUCGCAUUUAUCCAUAAUUAUUAAUAUAUAAAUAAUAUUUGAUUUCUAAAUUAAUUAAAAACUAUAUAUUUUAGAUCCCAUAAAUUUCAGAACUUUUUUUCCUACCAAAGUGCUCCUCGUAGUAAACUAUCAUAUCUUAACAAAAUACUACAAAUUAGGUUUAGAAAAGGUUGGUUUAAGUUGAGUCAUUUAUGUCAAUUCCUAAGCUUGUAAGAACACUUCCUAGACCUACAUUUUUAAAGUCCAAAUUAAUCUUUUCGAACAGAAAUUCUAGCCCAUUCUUGAUCACUGUUCACUUACUAGUGCAGAAAUGGACCAACGGUUUUUUUCAACCAUUAUUAUGAGAUGGACCAACUUGAUUUAGCAAAAGUAAUAAAGUUUCGAUUGUCAUCAGUUGCUUAGACCAUCAGCUACACCAACAAAACAAUCAUCUACGGCAUAUAAUAAUGAUCAUAAGAAUUAUAAAAAAAAAACUUAUAUUACCAUGAACAACUCAAUUGGCAUUAUUUUACUCCCCACCCCAAAAAAACUCAGUUCGCAUUAUUAGCAAUUACCAUUCACUCUCGAUAAACCAAAUCAAAGUUGAUAAGAUCAAACAUCCAAAAUAGUAUUCAUAUAUUUAAAACUUAUUUCAAGUAUCGAGCCAUAAAGUAGAAUAUCAAUAUAAAAGAAAGUACUCAUAUAUCUAUAUAGGAGUAUGAUAAAUAGUACUUAGAAAUUAAGAUAGCGGAUCACUCUAUAAACUAUAAUAAAUGAGAAGUACUAUCACGUCGAGAUAGAUUGCAAUAUGAUUCAUAUAUUUGAGAGCUCUCUUAUCAAUACAUACGAUCUGCUUUUAUUUCUUUUUGUUUCCCAAGACAUUCCAGUUUUGUCACUUUGUUUAAAGCAACUGAUGAAAAUAUAACAACAUUGACUGGUCAACCACAAAACUCUAUGUCUAUUUUCCCGUGGUCCUACCAUUCCGAUUAAUGUCUAGACUCAGAUUAUAGUGUUCGAUUCCUGAUUGCUGAUUUUGGAUGGAAGAUUCAUGUUAUGUCACUCCCAUCCCUGUUGCUUGACCUCCACAUGUUUUGAUUUAUGUUAUGUUUAUAUUAGUUUGAUGAACCAAUAAAACAUCAUCUUUAUCUUCUGAUCCUCUUUACUUAUUUUCUUACAGCUAAACCUGUAUAGUUCUUGUGAGUUGCUACUUUCUUAUAAAUCCCUUAUUUAAGAGUUAGUACUGAUCAAAUUUGUGUGUUUUCAAACAUGUAACAACAAAAUCAACUAAUUAGAUAUUAUGUUUUCAUCAUCAAGUACUAAACGCUAUUUUUUUGUUAUCUCUAAAUUUAAGAAAGUAAAGCAGAUUUAUGAUGAAAUUAAUAGAAUUGUGACUAAACUUUAUACCUAGUAUAAUAAAAGACAUUUUAAAUCGAUAGAUUGGCAGUACAAAUUAAAAUAAAUGUUUAUGAUCGAAAGAUGUCUGAACUGUUAGUGCAAUAACUUUAUUAUAUAAAAAGAUAUUAAAUUUAAAUUAUCGUCAUGAUUACUUUGACGAAACCUGGAGCCACAAGUAGGUAGGGUCUAAAGGGAAACAUAAUGAUCAUCAGUUAUAUUUGGAGACCAAUGAUUGUUUGAAAUGAAUCACCAUAUUUCCUGGACGAAAACUACAGGCAGUAACAAACUGACUUUUUCCCAGCAUAUAAAUUUAUCGAAUACAAAACGUGUUAAGUUUGGAAAUAUUUUCUUUUCAAAAAAAAAUGUUUGAAAUUAUUUUAAAUCUCUAUACAGGAAAGAUAGAUUCGUAAUCAAAAUCAACAUUUGAGGAAUAUGGAAGCCUAAAGCCCCGUAGUAUACACUUUAUAGGAUUAAAAAUAUGUUUAACGUGAUAAAAAAAACUUUUUCUAAAGGAAAAAUGAAUAUCAGAUUUUGAUGCUUGCUAGUAUACAUACGGAUUUAAACAACUGUAAUCUUUUCAUUAAAAUAAUCAAUAUACAAAUAUUAAAUGAGUAUUUGUUUCAAUAGUGUUUUGCUUUUUAAGUUUCUUUGCUUAAGGUUAAUUUGUAUUUUUUGUUUAUUUAUAACAAAACGACAGAAAAAGUAUGCUAAGUGGGUUUGAUAACGGAUUUUUACUUUUUUAAGUUACGCAAUAUUUUUGAAAAUCAUAUGCAACAUACUGCAAUUUCAUUAAAAACUAAUAGUUUUUGUUUUUGUAAUAAACAACAUGUUUGUAGUAGACCAACCCAAAAAAAUCACAAGAAAUCAACCAUUUUUAGUAAUGGUACGAGUUAGUACGAACUACAACGUUUAAGAAUCGUAUAUAUUAUCUACAAGUACAAUUAUGUAUAACUCAAUAUAAAAACUGGUGGAUAUGCGUGGGUGUUGUUGAUAUGGUCCUUAGACCAAAUCUCGGUCUUCAUAGAAGACCCUUUUCCCGAAAACCGAUGUGUUUAUGUGAUUCGUGUCUCUAUGAUUUUAAAAUUCCCAUGGGAUGAUGCAACCACAUCAUGAGAGCUACACAUUCUCCGGCCGGACAUUAUGUGAUAACCCUACGGACCUGAGGUAUAUAUAUCUCUAUUAUGUGAUGGAGGUAAUGCCAAAUUUCUAUUAUCGUUAGUGACCUUUCCAUAGAUAAUAAGGUUUAAUAAAUCACUUUUUGUUCAAAACAAUAAAUAAAUCAUUUAUCUUAACGUCAAUGCGUUUCCUACGUUCUGUCUAAUUUUAUAUUAACAUGUGUCAAACAAAAUUAUUCAAUUACAGAUGAUUUUUGGUCUUUAAGCAAAUAUAUAGUGGAUCACAAAUCACAACGGAAACAAGAGAUGUUUGGCCACUCCUCUAGUACGACACGAAGGUGAUCACAUCGGUCCCAUAAUGAAGAAACGAGACAUCGGGAUGAGUAUGGGGUCCAACGAGGUGACAACUCAGCGGACCAUUGGGACAUAAAACAGAAAUUACAGUACAAAUUAAGAACAUGAGACUGUGUGGGAUUGGGAACCAGACGUAGAACGCCAUCUUUCAUCCAUCAUCGUACGGUCACUUUCCAUCUUGAAUCAAAUAGAUGGAAUUCAUAUUGUUGAUAACGAUUGAAACUCAUCAUCAUAUUGACCAAUCCCUUGUUGUGGAGUAACUUAACGACAACUUAACACAUUAUUAUAGUUAAAAACCGACAAAUAAAUUUGUAUUUUCACAUAUAUAUAUAUAUUGUAUACCAGGAGAAAAUCAAUAACUGAAUAAGAGUUAAUUAUAUUAUAACAUGUAGUUCAAUAACUUUGUGUUGUGUACAAUCGACAAGCUAAUCAAAACAGGAUUAUGUCUGUUAAGACUCAAGACAAGAGACUGGAGAGAGCUUUUCAAAUCUGGAUUGCAUAUGUGAGAAUAUAGGCUGAUUAUUUUUCCUCAGUUUUGGAAAAGUAAAAAACAAAGUAGUACUUGCUGUAACAAUGUGUAUUUUCUUUUGAAAAAUUUUAACAUUUUAUUAAAAAAACUUUGUGUUGUGUACAGAAAAUAAUUUCAGUGAGGUCCAAAACACUUCAAUUGACAGUAAGAUGCAAUUUAUGUACAUUAAUAAUUUAAUCAGAAGCGGCGGCUUUGUGGUCUCCAAGCCACCUUCCGAAGUUUGUUCACAUCAUUCUUCUUCAGACUAUUGUUUAACAAUAUCAAAUAUCAACUAAAUCUAAGAAUAUAAAAUUAUACAAAUAGUUUUGGAUCGAGGCCACAACAAUUAUGUGCCUCUCUCCUCCCACAUUCCCAUCUAUAUAUACAUAUGCUUGGCUUUUCCUUUUGUAGUACUUUUAUACUCAUAUCUAUCUCUCUUUAUCUCAAGAAACAGUCUCCAUCUCUCCUACACAUAAACAACUCACACUCAUCUAAUAAUCUUCCAGGAGCUUCUCACAUUCAGCUCUUAUGGAUCAUUUGCUACAGCAACAGGAUGUUUUUGGGAAUUAUAACAAAGCAAGAGAAGCCAUGGGAGGAUCAUGUUUAGACCAUGAUCAGAAGAAACCUUCUCCGGCAACUGGGGCGGCGAGGCCACAGCCACCGGAGCUAGCCGUGAGAUGUCCACGUUGCGACUCAACGAACACAAAGUUUUGCUACUACAACAACUACAGCCUCUCUCAGCCUCGCUACUUCUGCAAAUCAUGUCGGAGAUAUUGGACCAAAGGCGGAACCCUAAGGAACAUUCCCGUCGGAGGCGGCUGCCGGAAGAACAAACGGUCGGCGACAAGAAGCCUUAGAACCACCCCGGAACCAGCGUCCCACGACGGCAAAGCGUUCUCGGGGGGGAUUUUCGGUGGGUAUAGUAACAAUGACCACAUUGAUCUCAGCUUAGCCUUUGCAUUGCUAAACAAGCAACCUCCGGGGAGUUCUUCGCAGCUAGGGUUCGGUAGCUCUCAUCAGUCUGACAUGGAGAGUGUGUUUGGAACAAGCCAACAGAAGGGGAACGCUGGUUAUGCGUUUGGAAGCGGUAGCAGCGGUUUGGAUAUGGCCAUGAGUGAUCCAAACAAGGUCUUAUGGGGAUUUCCCUGGCAGAUGAAUGGAGAGAGCUUUGGGAUGAUGAACAUGGGAGGAGGUGGUCAUGUAGACCAGCUUGACUCAGGGAAAGAAAUUUGGACCAAUAUGAACUAUAUUAAUUCUGGUGCUUUGAUGUAGUUCAACUUAAAAACCCAAUUUUAUUUGGGGUUUAAUUGAGGGUUUGAGUUCCUUGUAGUUAUUGGGAGAAAAGAUGGGGGAUAGCAUUAUAUGGUUAUGGAAAUAUAGAUAUAUUAGGGCUCUUUCAAAGAGUUUCAAACUUGCAAUAUGGGGGUGGGGAGGUUGGGGUGGUUUUAUUUAUGUUUCUCAUAUAAAUUGUUGAGUUUCUUUCUUUUGUAUGUUCAGUAUUUCACUCCUAUGUUUUAAAUGAAGACAUUUCCUUUGUUUCUUUUUUAAAA